AUGACCGAACACCACAAUCACCUGCAGAAGGGCGUAGGUGCUUUAAGAGGCGGAAGAAAUGAUCAAGCAAACAUCAGGGCUUUAUCAUCCUCGCUUAACCAUCCAAGAAGAUUAAGUGGUGGUUCUAAACAACUACCGCCUUUACCUCCUCCACCUGUGGCGAACAAACUUGCUCUGGUGGAACAAACUUUAGAACAAAAAGAGAAUAAAGCACCAAAUGCUUUAAACAUCUAUCGGAAAAACUACCUUUUGUAUCUUAAAUCGGAAAACCAUACGAUGUUGGUCAAUGACUCUCGGUUUUCAUCAAUGGUUUCUGCUGCGUGGCAACAAGAACCGCCGGUUGUGAAAGAGUAUUAUGAAAAGAUUGCUGCUGAAAUUUCAAAACCACAACAAAAUUUGGGAGUUCAUAUUAACACAAACAAUGGAAGCGAGCUGGUUGAUCCUAGAAUUUUUGUAAGCGAUGAACAAUUUGAUUUUGCCUUGUAUCGCAAUUCAGACGACCAUCAUUUAGUUGCUCCCCCUACACCUGUAUCGCUACCUUCAACACCAGCCGAGCCCAAGUUACCUCUGUUCGACUCCUUUGAUUCUGAUGAAGAAACAGAAUAUGACACUGUUAACUUCUUUCCCAGUUUAGACUCUAUUGGAAGGAGACCCUUAUCAAUUUCAAAAAAGUGA